UUCCAGAAAUUUUUUCAACCUGCAGUUGUUAACAUAAAAGUUAAUUUAGGCUCGGACAGCGUGACUGAAGAAAACAUUCGAGAUAUCUGCAAGAAAAUAUUGGAAGAAGCUAAAUCCAUGUAUAUAAUACCUCUGAGAGAAAAAGAACAGUCUGGCUUUGAGUAUUGCAGUAACGAGCAGGGUUUCGAAUGUACUGAUGCCAGAUUUUCACAUUUUGAAAGUGUGGGUCUGAUUGGGCACCAAGCGCAAAAGAGAAAAGAUGUUCAAUUAGAAACGGACUCAUCAGUGUCGUUUUUGCCCUCGAAACGUAGCAAGUCAAAACUUCUAUCAAACUAUUACAACGAUAACCUAGGAUGUAAAUUCUCUCUGAAACGAGACGGUCCAAAGUGGAAUCCAGAGAGGAUAAAAGCCCAUACACAGUUUAUAAUGGGUUCUAGAGCAAAUAAAGUAUUGGGCUACGGCCAGACUAGAGGCAGGUUAUAUGUACGGCAUCCAAACUUACUGAGAUACUGUGGCGAUCAAGAAGAUAAAGAAUGGCUCCAGUCACAGAAUCUUUUACCGGCUAACGGUGGUAAGAUCUACAUAAUGCUCUUGCAGGACAUUCAAGAAUUGACUGAAAGCGAUGAGUACUGCAAUAAUCCAAACCUACAGCUGCAAGAGCUUCAAGGAUUCGAGGCUCCUAUGUUUAUGUGUGAUAAAAUCAGGAAUUUUCUCGAAUAUAUCAAGAAUGAGAAAAAACUGAUGGCAGUUCUUGAUGUAGAUGAAAACAGCAGUGAAAUAACUACCGUUCUGCCGGAUACUGAUGAACGAUCGGAAAAAAAUGUUUGGCGUACAUCGCAGCUGAGGCAACAAAUAGAUUAUCCAAACAUGUCGUCGGAUAUGAGUACUUUAUCCAGUUCAGUAAUUUCAAGUAUUUUGGCAGGCACUUAUACUCCAAUAGAUACAUUUAAAGGAGUUGAUGAUAUAGCACACUCGAAUUUUAAAAAUUAAUCGUUUUGCUAUGACUAUCAGUUAGGCGUUCGGAUGGAAUGGUAUUCGAAUAUCCUCGCUAAAUCACAAAGCGAUUCUAAUGGACGUUCAAAUCGAGUAUACCGGGUGUAAUAUUUAACGUGAGACAUCUCAAUAUCUCGAAUAAUAAGCACUUUCCGAAAAUAUUUUUAGUAUCAAAGUGUAUUAUUUCGGGGGGAAAACCACUGAUGAUUAAAUUAGUGUUCCUCUGCAUCUUAUUGUGGGGGGAUGGGGGUAACUUUGAUUUCUUAAAUGGCACCCCCACUUUUUAUUGCAAACAUUUUUUGGGUUAACGACAGAUGGCGCUAUAACGACAAAAUUAAAUUUUCCUGUCGCUCAUGACUUCCCGGAAUGUUUGGUAAAAUCUGAUUUAAAAAAAUGUAAAAAAAAACUUUUUAUAGUUAGUUUUUAACUAAGUAAGUGCUCAAAACUUGAAACAUCAAUACACUUAUCAAUUCGCAUUUCGAACGACCGAACACAACUGAGAAGUACGUCUACUGAAAUUUCGGCACAAUCAUAUCUUCACGUGUCGUUGGUAUCUGUUUAUAAACUUUGUCUUUAAGAUAGCCACACACAAAUAAAUCUGGCGAAAUGAGAUCUGGUGAUCUAGCAGACCAGUUCACCGGACCAGCUAUACCGAUCCAACGAUCACUACAUUGACAAACAAGGGUUUCUCGUGCUACCACCAAAUAAUGCGCUGGACAACCACCAUGCUGAAACCACAUGGUAUUCCGUUCUUCUAAGCUCAAGUCCGCAAGCAGAGUUGGAAGUUCGUUUUCCAAAAUGUCCCGGUAAAGCACUAAUCAAGUUGCCUUCAAUUAUGUGGGGACCGAUAAGUUUACUGCCAAUGAUUCCACACCAUACUUUGACAGUCCAAAAAUACUGGCACUCAGCGUGGUACUUGUGGAAGCCAAAGCGGAUCUUCUGCGCUCCAGUAAUGCACUAUUAACAUUGCCGUGAUUUGUAAAUGACUAUUCGUCGGAAAACAAUACGUACCGAAAAAAAUUAGGGUAUUGCUGUAUAUGAUUAUAUGCCUAUUGACAAAACCUUACCCGAUUUUCAAAAUCUCUCCUAUGGAGGUCUUGGUGUAAAGAGGUAUGAUAAUGAUAAAACUCCACAAACUCAUGUGAGGAAUACUUGAUUGCAGUGAUACUUCUCGUGUGCUUGCAUGGGGAUUAUAAGCCACAGCACCAAGGCCUGCUACUUGAUUGCCUGCUGCACAAAUUGCAGCUCUACCUGUUCUUGUCUUCUGCUUUGCACUCCCUUCAGUAGAAAACUGCUUGAUAACUCGAGGGAAAGAAGCUCGGGACCGCACUUUGUCCGGAAAACGCUGAGCGUAGAGAUUGACAGUUUCUUCAAGUUAUUUCGUUUUUUUUACUUUUGAACCAAAAAUGUCAUCAAAUUCAUAUGUCAUUUAUAUAUAUCCAUGGCAACGACGUUUUUUGAGGAUAUUUUACAGACGGUAAGUCAUGCGCGACAGGUAAAUUUAAUUUAGUUGAUUAUAACGUCAUCCAUCGUAAAUUAAAAAAAAUGGUUUAAACAAAUUUCACGUGCUUUUAGCCGCAGAAUCUGAAUCUGCAAUAAAAAGUGGGAGGCGCAAUUUAAAAAAUCCUUUAGUUACCCCCCUUCCCCCCACAAGGAGGGGCAGAGGAACACUAAUUUUGUCAUCAAUGUGUUUACCCCGCGGCAUAAUACAACUUUAUUACUAAACAUUUUUUCCUAGAGUGCUUAUUCAAGCUAUUGCGAUGUCUCAAGUUAAAUGUUACAUCCGGUACCUAUAGUAGUUUUUUCGUAGAAAAAUACGAAAAGUUUGUUUAUUUCUUAGAAGGUAUCUUAGUGAUAUCGAGCAUUAUUAACUGGGAUCCGGAAUAUAUUCAAACAUCAUUGUAUUGUUUCAUCUACAUUUUUUGUUUUCUAAUAUACAGUGCGAUUCAAAUUUGGCCUUGUUCCUCUGGAGGUGUUGUCUGGUCGUAUUAAGGGAGCAAUAAAGGAGAAUUCUUACAAAAGCAGAGAUAUUUGCAAGAAGCCAAAUCAGAAGAUUGGCAACAUUGCAUUUGGUCAGAUUACGCAAAUAUCUGUAACUACAAAAGUAUACGAAAUAUGUAAAUUUAUCAAAAAAACAAGUAAAACUAGCCAGCACAUAAUCGCUUUAGUGGGGUAGUCGAAUUCCUUCAUAUACGUUUUUUAUUUUAUUCCCCACUUUUAAGCUACUUUAUUAAGAUGUCAAACCAAAGAGAAACAAUUUUGGCGUUACAUGAGUUGAAAAAGCGUUUGAUCGAUAUGGAGCGAACGCUCGGCAUCGACAAAUCUAACGUCCGACGAACCACCAAGAGUUCUGAAGGAAUAGGAAACGACCAAAUCAUUUCCUGCAAUUGAACGAUAGUGAUUUUAAAUUUAUGACUUAGAUUAUCGAUAUUAGUCGCUUUUCCAGUUUCCAAGUAUCUUCAAUCUAGAAUAUCUAAAAUUAAAAAAACUAUGUUAUUUAUAAUUUGUGAGCUAUAUGUUAAAUUAAUAAAAGUACGUAGUGUUAAAGUACUGUUUAUGUAACAAACUAAUGCAGAUAUGCAGUAGGGUCAUUCAAACGCCAGAAACUUUUGUGUUUUAACUUUUAUUAAUUAUAAGAAUGUUAAAACUAAUAUUAACAAAACAAUGUGUCCUUUUACUACAACCAACAUCCUUUUUUUCCUAUACUUCUUCGACACCAGUGACUACUUGACUUACGUGACAACUUAGUUGACGUUGACAACUGAAAGACAGGGUGAUCCGUAAUUAACAAACUAGACUAACUAUUACCAUUGCUACUCUACUACAACACAAACAUUUACUAAAUAAUAAUGUACGUCGUUUUACAUUAUCGAAUACGUUUAUGCAAAAAACGAUAUACAUUAUUUUAGAAAGCUUGACGCUUAGCAAUUAUCUCCAUGCGGGCUUGAUUCUCAAUUUGUAAAAACUCCGGUGUCUCCUCUGACGCUGAUUGCAAGGCUUUCCUUAGAUAAAGACAAGUGCUUUCGCCGGAGACAAGUGCAUUCGCUUCAAUUUUGGACUAUACAUCUAAAUUAAAUUAAACUAAUUAAAUUAAAUAGUAGGACCUAAAAUGCUAGAUUGACAAACAUAAACAAUCAUGCAUAUGGAAUAUAGGGUAUGAUCAUGCGCAUCAGCUGUGUCCAUCUGACAGUCUGCGUGACGUCAAAAUGAGAGUAAAAUCCGUUACAAACCGUCUGAGCUCAGUGCGUUUUAAACAAAUGUUGUGGUAUUUAGGUACUUAUUCAUACGAAAACAAGUGGUGAUCAACUGUGUAUGGUUAGUGUUAUAGCCUGGUUUCUUAAUAUUGUAAAUACCCGUUGGUGAAUAUUAUUUAGGCAAAACGCGUUGUGUUGUUUAUGGUGGCAAUAGCGACAAUCAGGCUAAAAAUAAAGAUCCUACAAUGAGUAAAGGACACUGCAAAACCAACAAAAAUGUCGAAAAUAGUCAAAUAAACUACAAUUGAGUUGUAUUUUGUAAACCGAUCUAAAAAUGUAAUUGUUAAUUACCUUAAAAUAUGGUGCAGCGUUCACCACUAACGCCCGAAAAAUAGGCGCGACUUAGACGGAGACAUCGGUAGCUAUUUAUGCAAUUUUUUGGUAAAUGUUUAACAAUUUGUGAUUAAUGCAAGAUAUCAAAAAGUUAAAAAAAGGCAGAAGGACUAUAAAUGUGAAAUCACAAUCCAUACGGUCAGUGUUCAAAAAAAGUUAGAAAAAAAAUAGCCCAUUACUCAGGAAAGGAUAUGAUCUUAUAUAUGUAAAAGCUUA